CGGGAAAGUCUUAUUACGAAGAACGAGUUCAGACUUAAAAAAGACGUUUAUUUGUAUAAUAAUUUAUAAUGAUAAAUCGCCUUCACAGACAGCAUAUUAUUGAAUCUUCGCAAAACCCCACUGAAACGUGGCUGCAUUUUACGGAACAUGAACGACUGGGUGCCCAUCGCCAAGGAGUAUGAUCCACUCAAAGCUGGUAGCAUCGAUGGCACAGAUGAAGACCCACAUGAUCGCGCUGUCUGGCGGGCAAUGCUGGCACGCUAUGUCCCCAACAAAGGUGUCACAGGAGAUCCCCUUCUCACCCUGUUUGUGGCAAGACUAAACUUGCAGACCAAAGAGGACAAAUUAAAGGAAGUUUUUUCUCGCUAUGGUGACAUCCGGCGGCUUCGGCUGGUGAGGGACUUGGUCACUGGCUUUUCAAAGGGUUAUGCCUUCAUAGAGUACAAAGAGGAGCGUUCUGUGAUCAAAGCUUACCGAGAUGCAGAUGGCCUGGUUAUUGACCAGCAUGAAAUAUUUGUGGACUAUGAACUGGAAAGGACUCUCAAAGGGUGGAUCCCUCGGCGACUUGGAGGAGGUCUUGGGGGAAAAAAGGAAUCUGGGCAACUGAGAUUUGGGGGACGGGAUCGGCCUUUUCGAAAACCUAUUAAUUUGCCAGUUGUUAAAAAUGACCUUUAUAGGGAGGGAAAAAGGGAAAGAAGGGAGCGAUCUCGAUCCCGUGAAAGACACUGGGACUCAAGACCAAGAGAUCGAGAUCACGACAGGGGCCGGGAGAAGAGAUGGCAAGAAAGAGAGCCUCCGAGGAUGUGGCCCGAAAAUGACUGGGAAAGAGAAAGGGACUUCAGAGAAGACAGGCUCAAGGGGAGGGAGAAGAGGGAUAGAAGCAAGUAGAGGCCCCCAAACAGCCCCCUAAGUGAAACAGCAUAAGUGAAAACACAGGGUACUUAACUUUAUAAGCAGCAUUAAAUAUAAUGAGUGAAUAAAACUUAUACUGAUGAU